GGGAGAAUCAGGUUUAAACUCUAAUCGUGUAUGCAUGUAGCUUGGGGUUGUUGCAAGAUAUUUCAAGAGCUUGGACCUGAUCCUUGGACAGGUUACUGUCCUGAUCAGCUUAAAUGCAAGAGGAGAUGCACAAGUUGCUCUCCUAUUUUUAAACACAAGCAAUCAUCAGUACUGGAGAACUAAAGGAGUGCCGAGUCUUCUAUGGAGAUGAGAGAAAAAUGAAGCUUCUUUGCUCGAGAUAGAUAGAUAGAUUGUGCUUGCACGAGAAGAAAUGAACUGCAUGUGUUCUUUCUCUGCCUUCUUUGCUGCGCUGAUCCCCUACAUGAUCCUAGCAUUUGAUGGUAGCCAAGCUGCAAUCGCAACUGAUACCCUUUUUCCUGGCCAAUCUAUCUCCGGCAGCGAAACCUUGGUUUCCAAAAAUGGUGUAUUUGAGUUGGGGUUCUUCUCCCCAGAUCCAGGUGACACGAGACUCUACUUGGCAAUACAGUACAAAAACCUGGCAGCCAUCCAUCCAGUUAGAUUUAGGCUGGGGGACAGAGUUCCUGUCACCAGAUUCCCCAAUGUAACGUUGCGCCUCGUUGCGGGUACACUACAGAUUGAGGAGCUCGGUUCUGUUCUCUGGAAUUCAAGUUCAGAAGAAGAUGGAUCAGCCUCUGUUGCGGCAGUUCUCCAUAACAAUGGGAAUUUUGUUGUGAGAGAUCCGACCAGCCAUUCUAAGGUCAUAUGGCAGAGCUUUGAUCAUCCAGCUGAUGCGCUGCUACCUGGAGCAAGGCUAGGAUUCGACAUGGUCUCCAGAGCCAACAUUUCACUUACUGUGUACAGGGAUCCUUAUAAUUGCACCCUCAUGAUUGACCAAAGUAGGAAGAUGGGAUUUGUCAUGUUCAUUGAUGGGCUGCAUGGGCAUGAACACCUAGGAACCUUUCCAGAUUGGAUGUUUACAUACGAAGAAGGCAGUUUGGUCCGUCUAAAUGAUCCUGGAAACCCAAAUGAUCUCGAGUUCUUGAGACUGCGUGUGGGGCAUGUCAGUUUGCUGAGGUGGAUAGACAAUGCAACGAUUACUGGUUGGCAACCUCUAUGGAGCUAUCCUUCAAGCUGCAAAAUCAGUGCUUUUUAUUGUGGCGCAUUUGGUGUUUGCACAAGCGCAGGAACAUGCGGAUGCAUUGAUGGUUACCAACCAAGUGAUACAAAUGAAUGGAAGCUUGGGCAUUUUGUGAGUGGGUGCUCUAGAAUUACGCCCUCAAAUUGCAGAGACGGCAUCUCCACCGACUUGUUUAUUUUGUCGGGCAACCUGCAGGAGCUUCCUGACCAACCUAAAGACACAAGGGCAGAAACUAGUCAAGACUGUGAAGCAACAUGUCUGAGUAAUUGCCAAUGUGUCGCAUAUUCCUAUGAUCACUCUGAAUGCAAGAUAUGGUAUGAAAAAUUGCUUAAUUUGACUUCAGCUAAUAACAUGCUCCAGGCCAAGAUUUACAUUCGUAUAGGUACUUCCCAUGGUAAAAGGCUGCGGCACAUACAGCUUGUCAUAUUGGUUAUUGGAUCAAUAUCUGUUGCUCUUCUUAUCAUGCUGGUGCUUAUCUGGGUGUACAACAGAUCAUCAAGACAGACUGAAGUGGAAGGUUUUCUUGCUGUUUACUCUUAUGCACAGCUCAAGAGAGCAACAAGAAACUUCUCUGACAAACUUGGGGAAGGAGGCUUUGGAAGUGUUUUCAGGGGAACAAUUGCAGGGUCAACUGAUGUUGCUGUGAAGAAGCUUAAUGGCCUCGGGCACAGAGACAGAGAUAAGAACUUUAGAGCAGAAGUACAGACUCUCGGGAUGAUUCAACACACCAAUCUUGUGCGCCUUCUAGGAUUCUGCACCGAAGGGACUAGAAGGUUGCUGGUCUAUGAGUAUAUGCCCAAUGGCUCUUUGGAUUCUCAUCUCUUUCCAGAGAGAAGCAUAUUAAGUUGGCAUCUUCGCCAUCGCAUUGCCAUCGGUAUCGCGAAAGGGCUGGCCUACCUACACGAGGAAUGCAGACACUGUAUCAUACACUGCGACAUCAAGCCUGAGAACAUAUUGCUCAAUGCUGAGUUAUGCCCAAAAAUAGCAGAUUUCGGUAUGGCAAAGCUUCUCGGGCGGGACUUCAAUGCAGCGCUGACCACUCUCCGUGGAACCAUCGGCUAUCUCGCCCCAGAGUGGGUAUCCGGUGAGGCUAUUAAUCACAAGGCAGAUGUUUAUAGCUUCGGUAUUGUGCUCCUCGAAUUGAUCUCCGGGAGACGGACUGCUGGGAAUACGAGGUACGGAAAUCAUGUGUAUUUCCCCCUUCAUGCCGCAGCUAAAGUAAAUGAAGGAGAUGUUCUGUGCUUGCUCGAUGGUAGGCUGGGAGGAGAUGGCAAUGUGAGGGAGCUGGAUGUUACCUGUAGGGUUGCUUGUUGGUGCAUCCAGGAUGAUGAGAUCCACAGGCCAUCCAUGGGGCAAGUCGUUCGCAUGCUGGAAGGUGUUGUUGACACCGAAUUGCCUCCAAUUCCUUCCUCCUUUCAGCACCUUGUGGAUGGUGACGACAGUGGUAUAUAUCCUGCAGAAGGUUGAUAUAAAUAUCUAUAAGAAGCGAUAUAAGUACUCCUCGCCUAGCGAACAUGUAUUAGAAUAUUGUAUCCCUAGUAUUGAGGUUGUAUUCGACACAUAGCUGUAUUAUGUAUGAUCAGAUUGAACUGCAGUCUCUAAAGAUAAAGAAAGAAUUAACUGCUAACUA